AUGGCUGAGGGUAAUAACGAUAAAACUUCGCAAGAUAAUAAGGAUGGUAAACGCUUAUUCAAAUUCGUGUUCAACAUGACGAAAAAGUCGGACGAUCAGACUGAAAUGACGGCGGAUUUUGUCGGGGAUGUUCAACACUAUGUGGAGUACGACGACGCAGCCACCAAAUGCGUUCAAUAUUUCGAAGGUUGUUAUGUGCCGGUUGGUGGGCGAAGCGUCGGAAAAGACGACGAUGACGCUUUUCAGCGACUUUCGGUGGCAUUGCAUGAUUACAAAGAUCAUUUUCAGUCGAGCGUAAGCGCGAAUUUGGAAAGGUUCUCAGCAAAUAUGAAGUUGGCGUGUUCGGCGAGAAAAACACAUCAGAAAGAGCAGAAAUAUCAAUUACGCCAUCUUCGAAGAUUUCACGUUGAUGAAUUUCAAAAGUUUUUGUCACAAAGGAAGGCAUUCGACGAAUCAAGAAAACGAAUGGACCAGGCGAAAGCAGACGUUCGAGACGCGAAGACGACCGCUCAGAUUGAGAAGAAAGCCAUCUGCUAUCAGAUGGCCGUCGAUGAUUUCGACGCGCAAACCGAUACACUCAUCAAGCUCAUCGACGGCCUUCCGAAAACCAAAGCAAUCAAUUGUCGGGACAUUCUGAUGGUUUUGAUGAAACACAAAGUCUAUCACGCUGAUAUGCAUCGAUUCUUCAAAAUGUAA